UUAAACAUUUGAACAAUGAAUACACCAAUACCACCACCGAGAGAAAAAACCCCACGCAAAGCAAAAAAAUCAUCUACAAAAUCACCAAAAGAAAUAAGACAACAGGAUGAGGCUCAAUCUGAAGAAUAUAUAUCCAAGACCGAUUCGCCACAAUACAAUGAAAUUGUGAGUGGAAUAUUGCCUGUUAUAUCAAGGAACAUCAUAAAUGCAAUAACUUUACAACUGCCAGCAAUGAUAGGUCAAUGUCUGGAGGAAAACCUGGAACACUCAGGCAACUCCGACAUCCUCACCCCCAUAACACCUAACAUUCAGGAUAUUCUUAAUGAUCUGGGCCAAUCCAUGAGGGAAAUUAGAACCGAACUAUCAGAAAUUAAAGAAAGUCAGACAUUCCACACCAAAAUGUAUGAUGAUCUGGCAGAAAGAAAUAAAACUUUAGAAAAACAAACAAUUGAAAACAAAAAAACAAUUGAAAAUCUCUUGGAAAGAAUAUAUGAUCUUGAAGACGAUUUGUUCUAUGUCUCAGAAAAAGUAGAAGAUCAGGAGAGAAGGGGACGUCUGGAGAAUCUUGAGUUUCAUGGGAUUCCUGUAAAACAAAAUGAGGACACAGAUGAAAUUGUUUGUAACAUUGCGAAGAUGAUAGGUGUCGACAUCAAAGCCACUGAUAUUUCUGUGUCUCAUAGGAUGCCAACAACGGGGGAAGAAACAAGAUCUCCAGCUAUAAUCGCCAAAUUUGUACACCGGAAAAACAAAAUCAAAAUCUUUGAAAAACGAAAAUUUCUACGCUCAAUGACACCGAAUACCAUUUUCAGUAAUCCAUCAAAGAUUUUCAUUGCUGAAAAUCUGACAGCCCUCAAUAAGGACUUGUAUUUUAGAGCACGAGCUGCAAAAAACAACUGCGGCUAUAAGUUUAUUUGGACAUCAAAUGGGAGAGUAUUUGUGAAGAAAAAUGCUGAGAUCAAAAACUCUUUGAACAUUCGUCACGAAGAUGACCUUUCUAAAAUUCAAUAACUUAUAUAACUACGAGUUUGUUCAUAAGCCCUCCAAAACAAGUGCUGGUGGAGUAGGACUGUAUGUGAAGCAAGGCUUAGUCAUCACUGAAACUCAGGAUUAUGAUUUGAAUCACCCAGACUGUGAGGAUUUGUGGAUAAACCUUAAACUGAGUCCAACUGUUACAUUCAUAAUUGGAAUAAUUUACAAACAUCCCCGAAAAGACAUUCCCAAAUUUACAGAAAAAUUAUCCAACAGUUUAGAAAAUUUAAAUAAAGAAAAGAAAUUGUUUAUCUUACUAGGAGAUUUCAACAUAAAUUUACUAAGUCCAACAACAGAUCUGGCAACCAUGAAAUACAUUGAUAUGCUCCUAGCAAAUUUGUCACUGCCCUUAAUUACCUCGCCAACAAGGGUAACUCGUUCAUCCAGUACACUAAUUGACAAUAUUUUUACAAAUGCGAUAAAAUUUGACCUAAUGAGCUUCAUUAUUCUUAGUGACAUCAGUGAUCACUAUCCACAAUUCUGCACAGUCUAUGAUUCAAAAUUUAAAGGGGGUCAAGAUCAAGAUAAAAUAUUGAAACGAGAUAUGAAAAACUUUUCUAUUGAUGCCUAUAGAACCAAUUUAGAAUCUUCUCUUAGCCCAAUCUCAAAUUGCCAAAUCACUAGUGAUAACUUGAAUACUCUAUUUGAAACAUUUAUAGAAAUAAUUCGGACAACUAUUGAUGCUCAUGCGCCUUUGAAAGCAG